GGGAAGGGGAUGAACUGGUGUCCUCCAAACUUCUGUCAUGGUUUUAAUCGGAUAGGAAAAGUAGAUUUUGAGUUUGACCAAAGCACUAAGAAGACCUGCGACUGAACUUAGAGCCCGUUCGCCUCGUACGAUGUGACGGUGCAAUAUGGAUGAAUAUCCCGGGAACAGAUAAGAACGUGAAGGACAGAGGAAGCCAGAGAAGACUGAGGCCUUUUAACAGAGCGAGAGUACUUAUCGCCGACAUCAUGUCCACCUCGAUAAAGCAGGAGAGAACCAUUUGUGUUCUCCUCCCCAACAAAGACCAGCUGGACAUCACUGUCGGGCCAAAGUCCACAGGACAGGAUGUCUUUAAUCGAGUGGCAGAGCUUCUUGGAAUCAAAGAGCUGCACUUCUUUGGCCUCACGGUGGUGAGAGACAAUGAGCACAUCUUCUUGGACAUGGAGGAGAAACUCACUCAAUACUUCCCUAAGGAAUGGAAGCAAGACUUUGGAAAGGGAUUACUGAGGAGACCCUUGCCUCUAGUGCUCUGCCUCAAAGCGCAGUACUACAUAGAAAACGGUAGACUCUUUUGUGAACGUAAGGCACGCCAUCUGUACUACUCUGACCUGCGGGAGCGGGUGCUUCGCUCUGAAUGCCGUCAGCAGGAGGAGGUGUACUUCCAGCUGGCAGGGUACGCCUUACAGGCUAAUCUCGGUGACCACCCGCUGCCCAGGGAGGACAUGGAGGUCACUCCUUACUUUGAACCCAAGGAGUACUUUCCCCCUUGGAUUGUAGCUAAGCGUGGGGUGAGCUACCUCCUCUGCCACGGUCCCAAGGUGCAUCAGGAGCUGUGGGGCGUGUCCUCUCGUGACGCCAUGCUGCUCUUCAUCAAGGAGUCAUGUCGACUGGAGGACGUACCCGUCACGUUUUACAAACUGCAAAAGGACAAGAAGGCCGAGAGAGGAACGGCAUUGCUCGGUCUGACCCUGCGAGGAAUGCAAGUUUAUCAGGAGGUAGACAACAUGCGACAGCUGCUGUACGACUUCCCCUGGUCAAACGUGGGACGUCUCACCUUCCUGGGUAAGAAAUUCGAGAUCCAGCCAGAUGGCUUGCCGUCAGCCAGGAAGCUGGUUUACUACACCGGGUCAUCGUUUCGCUCUCGCCACCUCCUCCUGCACCUGAGCAGCAGCCAUCGCCUCUACCUCAGCCUCCAGCCUGCCCUCAAACACAUACGCCAGCUGGAGGAGAGCGAAGAUAAAAAGCGUUACAGAGAGUCAUACAUCAGCGAUGACCUGGACCUGGACCCCGCCGGCAGUGAGAGCAGCCCUGGUCUGUCCCGACACUCCACCAGCAGCUCUGGAAUCGAAGCUGACGCCCGCCAGCGCAGCAUCUCCAUGGAGGAGGAAGGUCAACGGCAAGCGGAGAAGAGUUUGGGCUCAGCAGUCAGCCGUGGCAGCUCCCGCACCUCCGGGUUCGACACGGGCAGUAAGGCUCGGAUGGAAGACGAGGGGUGGCAAGAGGAAGACAUCCAAAGCAACAUUGGGAGUCCACAGGAGGUCCUCGUGGAUGAUCCUGAUGAGAUGUUCCAGUUGGCUGAUCUUCUUGAAGGAGUGUCAGUGGAUUGUUCAGAACUCUCCUCAGAGACUCGCUCACAAGCGUGUCCCCCAGACAGUGAUGAAGACCUCGGGAAGUCACAUAGCAAGGAUGUGUUACAACAGAUGCUGAAAUCUAGGGCACAAGUUUGCGUGGAUCGGCACAGCCACAGUCUAGAUGAUGUACGUCUGUUUCCACCUCCGGAGCCCCUGGGGACCACGCUGCCACCUGACUCCUCCCACAGCUACACCUUUGGCCUCACAGACGCCUCAACAAACACAAAGACGCCUGUCGAUCACAGCUAUUACCCUCUUUUGCACUGCCAAGACAGACCUUCCUUCUGUGGCCGCAGGUCCACCAACUGCCUCUCCCUGGACAUGUUAAGUGAUGAACAGUUCCUGGAAUUCAUACUUUGAAUCCGCCAAUUACUGCUGUCCACAAAUACGCCUUCUCCACCUUCAUCUCCAGUGCAGAUUAACUUGUAGCUUGCCAACACACGGAUGUCUCGAGCGUUUUCCACUGCAUGUGGGGAGGAUGACAACACGGGAUGUGUGUGUGUUUCAAAACUGCAGAGAGACUUUAUUGAAAAUGACAAGACCCCUCAUUCCUCAUAGAAAAGCUGUGGAUUAGAGAACGGAGCUAAUUCAGCAACAUUUCAAAUCUGUGAACGGAGCAUAUUUAUUAAUGUUGUAUAUUGUGUACAUACUACUUGCACUAUUUUAUUACAUUUCUAAUCGGUUUCCUUUUCUUUUAUAAGUUGAUGCUGUUAAAAUGUUUCUGAAAUGUCAGGGGCAUAACGUUUGACAGUAACGGACAUUUUUCCUUGCUGCUUUUAACUACUUCUUUAUUUCCUUGUUUUAUUCAGGAGAAUCCUUUAUACUGUUUUUAAAAAAAAUCAUAUUUUUUAAUAUACUCUAUUUUUGUAUAGUGUGCUCUGUCAUGCUUUUCCUAUUAUUCUGCUACAUCAAUGUAGCUGCUGAUGUGGAAAAUGUAACCUCUUUACAGCUGGUAAUGCAUUCAUCCAAAGCUUCUCUAUUCUAUACUCUCCCCCCGCUGUUGUAAUUGCAACAGAAAAGUAGUCUUUGUAAAGCACUGUUUCUGUAACGAGAAGGUGCAUAAUGAAUCUGCAGUAUUUUUGUAUUACGUAACUCCAAGACAAAGCCUCUCUGUCUUUUUUUCUCAGACAUCAUCCCUCUUUUGUAGAUGAUAAUUGGUCUUCAAAAGAACUAUUAUGCCAAUAUGAACACAGUUCGAAUGGUUUCAAGUCUCUCAACACUUUCUUCCAAUGCCAAUAAUGUAUGAACUGUAUGAACAAUUUAUUUUUACCUAAAGCAACGUUUUUUUAUUAUGGUGAAAAAUAAAUUUUAAAUCUCACUAAAGGAAACUGGGUGUCUUCACUUGUUUCAUACGUGGCUUAAAUUUGAUAUGUAAGAUUUUUGAAUUUACACAACAACUUCACUGCUAUUCCUU